CGGUUGAGUUUGGUGAAGUGUAAUAAAUUGUGCGAACUUUACGGCAAAACUUGUAAAUAACGUACAAUAUAAAAUAAAAAAAGAAAAAUCAAAAUGUCUCAACAAAAUCGUGAUAUCACAUACGGUUUUGAUGUGGAAGCCGCUGAAACAAUGCAAAAUUUUGAUGCUGCCAUUGCAGCAAACGACGAAAAUGAUAUUACUACUCCAUUGGAACCGAAAACUGAACUACGAAAACGCAGUUUUAUCUUGGAGCCGCCCACAUUUUUAAUAUUUUUUGCUAUAUAUUUUGCAAGCACGGUCUUUCAAAACCAAUUGCUUUAUCAAUCAUGUACUUAUACCUUCGGACACAGUGCUGAAGACUGCAAACCAUUGUUGGGUGUUAUUCAGGAAACAAACACAUCAAAGAAAAUUGAGGAUGAUGUACAACCAUAUGUUUCGAAUAUUCUUUUGGCCAAGUCGCUUAUUACUGCACUUAUACCCGCAAUAUUGAGUUUAUUCGUUGGUCCAUGGUCAGAUAAGUUCGGCCGUCGAUUUGUUAUAUUAGCUACUUUUUCUGGUUAUUUCAUUAACUUUGCCAUUUUAACAAUAUUAGCUGGCGUUGCUAUAAACUCCGCAUUCAGUCCAUGGCUGUAUAUAAUCGCUUCAGUUCCCGUUGCUAUAACUGGUAGUACCUGUGUAAUGGUUACAGGCAUUUACGCAUAUAUAUCAGACGUCGCUUCGGAAACAGAUAGAGCAAAACGUUUCAUGUUAAAUGAGGCUGCUCUUGGAGCCGGUACAGCUUUGGGCAAUCUUUGUGGUGGUUAUUUAUAUGAAGUAACAAAUGUUGUAACAAUUUUUGGCAUUUCAGCAGCAUGUUCGGCUGCUGUAUUAAUCUAUGCUUACUUUGUAUUGGUAGAAAGUAUUGAGCCGGAGAAUAUAAGCCAUGAGUCUAAAAUUCGUUCUUUCUUCCAAUUGGAAUUGGUGGUGGACUUCGUGCGCACAUCUAUUAAACCACGUCGUAACUACGAUCGAGCUACAAUGUGGAUAACAAUUCUUUCAGCAACUAUUGCAGCUUUCGUUACACAGGGUAGUUCCAAUGUUUCCUAUCUCUUUUUGCGUAAGAAGUUUGACUGGACUGCUUCUGAUUUUGGCACAUACAAUGGAAUUUCUGCUGUAGUACAAAUCGGUGGCGCUAUUAUUGUGACUAUAAUAUUGCGAAGAGUAUUCAGAAUUUCGCUUGUGACUGUCUCUAUAAUUGCAUUAGUCUCCAGUACUUUGCAAUGCUUAGUAAGUGGUGUUGCAGCAGUGUCUUGGGAAAUCUAUUUAGCUAUGGCGCUUGGUUUCAUGGGUGGUGUCUUAACUGCUAUGUUACGCGCCAUACUGUCUCUUUGUUCACCAGCUAAUGAAACUGCUAAAAUCUUUGCUUUGACCACAUCAUUGGAAGCUAUAGCACCAUUAAUAUCAUCACCAAUUUACACUGCUGUUUACAAUGCCACAUUCAAAACAGAUCCUGGUGUUUACAAUUUUAUUGGAGUGGGUGUAUAUAUAAUGUGUUUAAUUCCAUAUAUUGCUGUAUACUUUAAAAGUAAGCCAACUGGCGUUGUAGGCAAUUUACCAAAGUUGAAGUAAAAUUAUAUACCAAUGCGAAAUGAACGUGCUAUCUUCGAACUUCGAAGAUAAAAUUCACUCUCCUAAAAUAUUUUUCAGAGGACUUUCUUUCGGAACUAAAACGCGCCAUCUAUACUAGAUGAAAUCUUCCUAAAAGUUUUAGUAGUUUCAUAUAUUUUUGCAUAAGUAAUAAUUGAUAUAAGAAAGUAAUCGUUUUAUGUUUGUGAAGUAAAUAAAAAU